AUGGAGAAAGGGGAACUCGAUAAAAUUUCUAGGGAUCCCAGGUUUGCCGGAAAGCUUAGAAAAACAUCUAAAAAGGACAAGAAAGCCCUCCAAAGUCUUUUCAGUGGUGUUGAAGAAGAAACUGCGUUUAAAGAUAAAAGGGGUCGUCCAUGGCCAAAGAAACCAGUUCGAUAUGCGAAGCAGUUGUUGGCCAAGGAGGCCUCUAGCGAAGAAGAGUCCAGUACGGCAUCUGAAUUAUCAGAUGAAGGUGAAAGUGACAGCUCCUCCGAAGAUGUCACCGAACGCCUCGCCGACAUUCAGGGUACGUGGAUAGUUUCUUAUCAUUUAUUCUUCUAAUUCAUGAGUUUUGUCUUUCCAUUUUAACACCAUGUCCCUCUCUAAAUCCACCUUAUGUGCCGUCAUUGGCUUGUAAGGAACUGUGGGAUAUUCCUAGUUUUUACAAAAUUUUCUUUAACUAGACAGAUCUUAACUCUCUUGUUCGACAUGCCUAUCAGCCACUUGGUAUCACUUCAAGUUGCGGUACUAUAAUGAGUCAAAAUUUUAAUGUUUUACAAAAGUAAACAGUCUAUGAGACAUAUUUAGGCGUCCAACACACUGUCUAUCUUUGACCACUUGAAUUGUGAGGGAUAUUGAACGUCUGUCAACUUUUGACUGAUCGUUAUUUAAAAGCAAAGUUACAGCCUGUAUUAUUGUGUGGGCACGUAUUUUGUCCCUUCUAACCUCCCAGUCGCAGUUAAUACUGUGUGCUGAUAGACUGUGACGGUUUUCUGAACUGAAGGAGACCCAAAAUACCCAUGAGGCAUGAAAAGUAAAACGUGUUCAUGCUACUGAAUUAUUUCCGUACGUUAUUCCAUUACCCAACCUGAUUGACGACUUAAUUAGUUGUCUGUCUUAGCGUCUUGAUGCCGACUGGUCACAAAUAUUGCAUCCAUAUAUUCCAGUUUCAUUCUUUCUGUUUUCACUUGUUAACCGAACCAGACUACAUGCUCCGUUUUAGAUAUCAGGGUUGUUCGAAAAGCCAUAUUGGGAAACCGUGGCAGUUUGAAUGUCUGUUGGGUUAUAUGUCUUUCCGGUUCGUAACCAUACAAAAUACGGCGUCUUAAUUGUUUGAACUCUCUCCACAUGUACUGAGAAGGACUUAUACAGACAUGGCAUCAUUAAUUUUCCAAUCUCACUAAGGUCCACUCACUGGCCCACUGGCAAGACUAAGCCAAGAUGACUAAAGAUAGAUGUCGGGGACUCGCUGCCUUUUUCGCGUGUCACACGUACUGGCCACUCAAUCGCCACAGGCAAAUUUCCCCCAGACACUUGUUUGAUAACAGAAUGUUGACCCCAUUUUUUUAGCUCUGACACAUCGGUACCGCCCUCUUCGUGGGUCCCAUAUUUCGUCCACCGCAAGCGACGAAGAACACCACUCUUGGGAAGGAGACUUGAUUGUUAGAAAAAAGAAUUUUCUUCUCCUAACGUUACAGAUUCAGGCGAACAAAAUUCCUAUCUCUGCGACCGAGUCACCUUCUAUAAAACCACCUCAUGGAACUCGCAUUCUUGCUUGUAUCGACCACUAUUGUUCCGUUUGUGGCGCAGCAACGAUCUGUUUAUAAUAAUUUAGACCGAAACAUCAGUUACAUCACUUCGACCCUUUUUCAUGCCCACCCCGUUCCAAUGGCAGGGCAAGGUCAGGUCCAGUGAUUGUGUGCGCUUGCUACGCAACGACCUACCCCUGACUCCACAAGUGCCAGGCCCUAAGAAGGGGGCCAUCUAUCUCACGGGAGUAGAAGUGUCAUAAAAGCCACAGUAAGAAGCCACUGCCGUUUUUCCCUUCCAUUGGAGGACUGAGUUAUCCUGCUAACUGGGGAUCUUUCACGCCCCAGUUGGUAGUACGUCCAGAUAGUUUCCAGGCCUGUGUGGUUGUUCGCAGUGAAGAAACCAAGUGUAUGAUCCGAUUUGGACCGCCCCCACGUCUUUCCUCUUCACUGACCUGUAAGUUUAGGCACAGUGGAUGAUGUGACUUGAAGUUGUUGCCCAACGCGUACCACAGGCUUGGAGAUUACAUGAGUGAGGGAAGUCAUUAAAGCCACUGCGGUCUGACUCAUUCCAAAGGAUAAACGACUUGUCCCAUCAGUUGGAAGAAUUCCGAUUCGCAACUUUUAGUGCCCUUGAUGUAUUUCGUCGUGCUGCUAUCUAAUCACUCGCCGUUUACGAUGUCGUUUGUUUAGGUUACCAGUAAUUGCGUCCUAGGUAUCGUGCGAGGUUUUUACUUCGUCGAAAUAUCGUCCGCACCAGUGAGAUGAACGUUUACACACCUAAACGACCACCGUAUUUGUAUUUAGAACUUAGUCUGCGACCGGGGCUUUUUCACUGGAACUGCACUCCAGCUUGUCUCCUACAGACACAUCCAGCCGUGCUGCACAUCUCUCGGUCUCAUUUGCUGUUGCCGACGGCAUUGAAAGAACGCGGCCCCAUCUCGAGCUGUGUUACUCUUCACGGAAGUCCUAUGGACUUGAACUUCCUCAGAUAUCCUUCGCUGUAUUUCGCUUUGCUAAAGACUUCCGUUCUGCGUUCAUCAGGCUAAAGUACUGUCAUGUUCAGCUCUGUUGAUAGCUUCUCGUCCUGAAACCCAGUCUCCUGGGACGAGCAGACGGUGAUCGGUCCGGCGUUCGGUACGCACUAUGCUUUUGUCAUGGCAACCUUACGACGAUCCCACUUUCUGACAAGUUCAUUGUCCGACAGUUGCGACUGGCGUGGUCGAGGGCCCAUUCAUGUUGUAUUUUUGCGUUUUAAGAGCCGAAAGAUGGUGUUGAUGAUCGGGAGAUUGUGUUCUGUGGCCCUCCCUGUGACGAACAAGCAUUUCUGAGCCUACUCGGGUGCCGAAGUCACAGAGGACAGUCUUUUCGUCCGCCUUCGGCACGGGCACGAGGUAGACGUGCAGAUCUUUGUAGAACUUCUCCGUUGCGUCAUUCUGCACACCAAGGCACGUAUACUGGUGACAACUUUCUUAUACGGUGGAGACGUUCUAACGAAACGGUCGUUGGUUCUGUGUGGAAAUAGUAACUUACUAAGGAAGUCUUUUGCGAUGACGAAGGCGACUCCAGAAUCAUGACGCUUGCCUUUCUGACGGCCGUUCCAGAAGAAGACUUACCCGCCACCAAUGCACGUCUUUGUUCUGAGAAGCGGGCCUCGCCAAAUACGCUGAUGUCCAAAUUGAAAUGGGGCAGUUCUCGUGCGACCAGUAUAGCCCUCCCCUCUCUUCGGUCGGCAGUUCAAUAACCUAAGAGGGGGUGGACGUUCCAGACUGUCGCUGGCGGGAGGAGUAAAAGGUUUGGGUCCUUCGUAUAGUGUUCUAACCGCAUGUCAAGCUUUAAUGAGUCCUGGGCAGCCAAUGAACGGAGCGAUUGCCAACAUUUUAAAGGCACACUUCUCUGCCGUUGGUGAUAGCUUCGGAAGCGUUUCCCCUAAAAUCCUCACUCAUCGAGACUUCAACUCAAGCACUUGGGAACCCUCAUCCACGUUGAGAGCUCCUCUAACAUUCUGGUGCCCACAUUUCCGCGAGGAUUUACAGUGGUAAUUGGGAGUCUGCAAAACGAUAAAGCUCUAUCAGCGAUGGCAAAACAUCUGCUGAGAUGUAUAAGCGCGGAGGCAUUACCCUAGCGCGGUUUUUGGCGGAGAAAAUGUUCCUGGUAUGCACUUCGAGGAAGAUGAAAAGAGACGGCGCAAUAAUUUAUGCUACCCAAUUAGGAGACACCAUUACCAAGCUCCUUGCAACUGCCUAUAUGGGAAGACUCCGAGUGACCUGAGAUGCCAUAGCACAGCUGGCUAACGAAGAUGCGUAGGUUACAUUAACCACACCGUAACUCCUCUUUGCCCACUCGAGUUUCACCCUCUUGACCAGAGUAGCUGGUUACCGCCCGUUUCAUGACUUUCCACAACUGCUCGAUUCGCUUCAUCGUGACCAACGGUAGGCAGUAGUUGGUAGUGAUGCACUUUUGACAGCAUUCACAAGCUAACCGCAUCACGAUCACCUGCCUACUGCAGUCGAUUGGCGGCGGAUCUCUGAGCAAAGACUGAAUAUGGGCAAGUUAAGAAAUUCACUCGUGUUCAGCCUCCAUCGCGCCCACCAACGGUUUCAGUUGGCCAUCUCGGUGUUCGGGGGAAAUGAAAUCCUGGACUACUUCGUUGUCGAGUCAGCCCAACACAUGACUGAGCCAUCUCAGUCGUCCAAUAAGGAGGGCACCGUUGACGUGUUGACUUCCUGACCGAGCACAUAACCGGUCUUUGAAGGCGCGAUCAGUAAGACGGAACCGGAGGACAGAUCGCAGGUGCACUUGGCACCCUUUGAUCCCUCGUAUUGAAGGCUCAUUUUGAGGAGAGCUUGGUAUACUCGUAGUUUAAUCUCACGACGACAACGAUCUCAAAGACAUCGACUACAAGUGCCCGAUUGACUGGUGUUUGGUUGUAUCCUUGGCAGAACCUUCAAUCCCUAGGCGGCAGCUGUCCACGGACCUGAAAAUGUCACCACCCACCCACCGACACUUCUGUUUGUUUUGAUGGCUUUGAUUCUGUGAUCCGCUCCAACUGUCUUCGCGCUAUUAAAAGGGAGCAGGCGAUCGGGACAGGAAAUGAGUAGGACACCCUUAUAACACUGCCAUUAGGCAGAGUCAGACUGUCAGACUGGGUAGAACGCGGUAUAGGCCUUCCGUAAUUACAUUGCAAUCCUGAGAGAUUUACGUCCUCCUGUUGUAGUUGGGAUUUUUGCAUUUAUCCAUUUUAUGACUAAACUUUUCGCUCUCAAAUUCUGUCUGUGACGGUCAGCCGACUGCCUUACGGUCUUGUGAGUAGCAACUCAAACAUCUACACUUCUGCCCGACAUUUGUAACUAUGUACGCAUCUUUUGCGCAGAUGCCGACUGGUUCGCCCUAGUUCAGGGUGCCAAGGAGACUGAGACCCUCUCUCGCCGCCUGGCUUUGCUUCACUUUGACUGGGAUAACGCUAGUGUUGAGGCCAUAUUCCUGGCCCUUGAAUCCUUCCUGCCACCGGGUGCAACUCUCGAAAAAGUAACGGUGAGUGCCUGGAGACUAUGUAUUACAAUUUGUUUAAUAUUCGCCAAAAAGUCGUUUCUUUCCUCCUCCUCCUCCUCCUCCUCCUCCUCCUCCUCCUGCUCCUCUUCCUCCUAUCCCUUUUCCUCAUCCUCCUCCUGCUAUUAUUACUAUUAUGGCCACUAUUCCCUCGCUGCAUGCCGUUAUAUCGAGACCUAACUUCACGCUCUGCCAUCUGGUUACUGCAGAUCUACCCCUCCGAGUUCGGCAUGAAACGAAUGAAGGAGGAAGAGGAGCACGGACCUAGGGAGCUUUGGGAGAGCUCCUCCACCGGUUCAGCUGAAAGCGCUGACGAAGAAGAGAAUGGAGAGCAAAACAAUCAGCCAGUUAACCAUUCAAUGAAGCCACAGAGAAAGAAACACGGGAAAAAGAAAGUCAGUGGAUCAAGGAAUGAGGGGCAGGAGGAGGAGAUGGAUAAAGAUGAGGAACCAUUACCCGGUGAUAUGGACGCAGACGAAAGAAAGGCCUGGCGGCGAACCUCGGUUAGCCAGCGUCGUCGGCUGCGACGCUACCAAGUGAAUCGCCUGAAGUACUUCUACGCGAUUGCCGAGUUUGACUCUGUGGAGACGGCGGCUGCAGUCUACGAGGCCUGUGACGGUGUUGAGUAUGGCAGCACAGGCAUCCGAUUCGAUCUACGAUUUGUGGACGACAGUGAAACAUUUUCAGUGAGUGCUGUUUUCCGCCUUGAUCAUACACAGUCGACUUAAGAUACUCACCACCACCACCACCACCACCACCACCACCACCACCACCACUGUCACCAACUCUGUUCUUUUAAUUCGAAUUUUCUUUGACUAACUAGGUCCCGCCUGAAUGGGCUCACCUGGUGACCGAAUGUUGCGAGGUGAAUAAAACCAAGUUUGUCCCUCGUGCCUUCGAGACCCCGGCAGUGCAUUCGACACGCAUCACCCUGACAUGGGAUAAAACCCCCGCAGCUCGCACCGAGUGGCUUCGGGAGCAAUUUGAGGCAUCAAAUGACCCCAAAACAACCUUCACUCAACGCAAGGAUGAGGUAAAGUUCAUCCAUCUCAGGAUAAAACAUUGUUUUCCGCAUGCAACCGGCGUAUUUCCUCACGCCUAUGUCUCCAACCACUACCAUCCUUUCUCAUCUGCAUCCUGUUGUUUAUUGCGAUUAGUCGAAGCUAGAUCAGCGACCUAUUAUCAAUUGUCCGCUACAUCUGCAUGUUUAAACCGAGGCAAAGUGACUUUCGGAAUUCUUCAUUGAUUGAGAAUCUCGAUUUCCUGUCAGAUCACCAUUAUAUACCCGUUGCGCCCGAUGCCUAGCGCUGCGAAAGUCGCGCAAUAACACUGGUUUUCCCCUCUUUGGUCAGGCUCAGUCACCGUGUGAAUAUGCGGUCUUUCCGCUAACUUUUUUACUCGCAAUUGAACCAGCAAAACGUCAACCAACAGCUGAACGUGCUUCUGCCUGAAUAUCAUCAUGCACCGUUAGAUAUUCGCCGUAGACAGCUUGAGUCGGUUAGAGACGCGUUUUUCACGGAGUAGGAGCAUGAUCGGGGCAGGAUCAGGGACGUAGGAAGUAGGCGGAGAGACAUUAGCGGUCAUGAGGGCGACCGGUGGAACCGAUCCUCGCCAUUCUGCCAGAAUCUGACUAAUCAGUAUCGUCUUUUGGAUGGGAUUAGGGAGGAUCUAGGCGUGAAGUCCAAGAUCACUGUCGUGGAGAGCCAGAUCUCGCGGAGAAUCGUCACACGUGGAGGUGUAUAAUCUGCGCCACCACCAAGACCGGCCAAAUCGGACAUGAUCACACUUGCACCCGUGUCCUAGUCGGAUGCUGCUACAACCGGGGGCAGAGGAGUUCUCAGAAACCCAGAUAGGUGCUGACUUUCUUGGACUGAACCACUUUCCGAUAAAGUGAAUAUGGGUGAAUAUAACAAGAGGCCUAUCUCAUGAAUUUCUCCCAACGGGACGCAUAGUCUCCGGCUCCAGCGUCACAGAUCAUUACUCGCAUCAACUAGAUUUACUUAAGCAAGCAAUGACAACCUGGCUGGCUGCCCAUCGUCGGAUGGAUGAUCGAUUUGUUUGUCGUUCUUCCUGACACGCUCUUUCUCAUCCGCUGUUCCUGUGUCGGGUGGAUGUUCUAAAUGUCGUGGCUUGGUGGACCCCCAAAUGAUGAGAUCACUCUGGCCUACGGACCGAGGGCCAGCUUGCAAUGGCAUGAGCUUUUACCUGCAGUAGGUGGGCUAGUUCAUAAAAUGUCAACCGAAAUUCCGAAUUGCGUUUCCGAUUCGAAGAAAUUAAUUAAGUAGGGUUGUAAAACUAGUCAGCCAGCAACAUAAUUCUAUAAUUCUAUAGUAAUUCUAUGAUAAUUAUGUUACCUCAGGAUGCUGGCUUUCGAAUGAACUUCCUUCCGCCUGCCUGCAAAACUACACUCUGUAAAAAUGACUAAAUAAGUAGCAUGAAUUUUUUUCAUUGGUUUUCGACGCCCCUAAAAGCCAAUCAUAUUUCGUGGAAAACAUGCAUAAAAAUAUUCAUUCUUUUGCUCACUCGGUAGAAAAUUAUGUCUUUUUCUAAUUUUAUACUCAAAGGAGGGACAUAAUUCGGUUUUAAAAAAGUUUCUCAUUGUGGGACUUUUAAAUACCGUCAUGUCUCUGCUUUUACCAAUGUGGCUUGUAAAGUUAACAAUAUGGAUCAAAUCCACUGCUACAUUUUAAGAACCUUAUAUGGUCCCCCCUUUAUUACCGUAGAGAAAUGUGUGGUCUUCCGUUCGUAGAAAAUAUACGGCCUGUAGUUUGGAAACCCCGAGUCCAAGUGUAACGGUAGAGCGGAUUAAAAAUUAUUCGGGGAUUGGAAAAGUUUCUGAAAACCGUAUUAUGCCCUUUCUUCGAGCAGGAAAUUGAAAGAAGACGUGAUUGUCUACCGAAUGAGCAAAAGAAUGAAUAUUUUCAUGCGUGUUUUCCGGGAAAUAUAAUUGGACAUUUAGGGGGAUCGAAGAUAAAUGAGAAAAAUGCAUUCUACUUAAGCAGUCAUUUUUUGCAGAUUGCAGUUUUUGCAUGCAGCCGAAAAGAAGUUCAUUCGAAAGCCGGCAUCCCCAGGUAACAGUAGUAUUAUUUAAUUAUGCUGCAGGAUGAUCAGUUGUGCAACCCUAUUUAAUUAAUCUUUUCGAAACGAAAACGCAUUUCGGAAUUUAGGUUGACAUUUCAUGACCGAAAGCCAGCUUGCAAUGACAUGAGCUUCCGGUAGCUGCUCCCUGACAAGACUGUACAGUACCUGUGCUAACUCAUGAAAUGUCAUAAAUUAACACAGAUAAACGACUUUAACGCAGAAUCGGUAAACACUGCGGCUCCCAAAGUCUGAUAGCGGAAAAUAAAAGAUGUGUCAAAGAAAUAAAACAAAGUUUGGUUUAGAAAAUAUUAUUUACUGAGAUAAAAAUAAAUAAUUUUCGACAAAAGUCACAUUUUCGAGAAACACCUAUAUUACAACUAAGUUAAUAAAGGCUACGUAUGAGGGCGUAUAAAGGUGGACGGCGCAUAAAAGGGCGAAAAUAAUUAAGGACAGAAACAGAUACAAAAAAUCAGUACUUUGUUGAUUGUCCAUUUGAAUUAGUAACAGCAGAAAGUCUGUCCGACAUAGACAUGACGAGGUUAUCUAUGGUGGAUUGUAAAAUGUAAUUAUUGAGUAUGAAAUCCAAUUUGUCCUGCAUUGAAAAAGACUUCUUAGCUUUGCGCCAAUUUCUUUUGACUAUUCAAAAAAGACUUUUGAUAGGAUUCAAAUCGGGACUGUUGGCCGGGAUGAAAAUGGAUUGGAGGCCAAUUGCGGAGAGGGUGGUUGUUGUCUAAAAUGUUAGAUUAUAUUUGCAAGCGGCAUCAAAUUCGUACCUUUUUAGAGCGGUGGACAGGUACAUUGUCCUGCAAAAUUACAGUAUCCAUUCGGCGCCGACUUAUGCCGUUGUAGCCGAAAGCAUCCUUGACAAUUGCAAUAAACACCUUGCUGUUGAUGGUGUCGGAUGUUGACCGCCAGACAGGCCGCUCACCGAAUUUAAUCGCCAUCCAAACCAUCAUCCGCUGACAGUUCUUGAGUGUUGCCGUCGGGGUAGUGCGUUCUCUUGGGAAGUUCUUUCCACAUAUGACGGUUUGGAGCGAUUUCGUAGGCUUGUCUAAAAAUAAAACCUCAUCGCAGAUCCGUAUCAAACUUUCCUUCAGCAAACGGCCUUUUUGUCCUUAUUUCAACUAAAUAAACACAAAUAACAACACCAAAAGUACGCUACAGUUUCCACUCUAAUUUUGACCUCGGCAUUUCAUGAGUUAGCACAGGUACUGUAUGUGCGGCUGCCGAGUACGUCACAGAGUUGAUGAUUCGCUUCUUGUUUCAGCUGGGAGAAUACCUGGCUCUUUCCUCCAGCGGUCAGAGUACGGCCGCACCCUCGGACGUUGAUGAGCCGGGUCCAGCUCCCACUGUGCCGCGCAUCCACAAACACCGUCCUCCGCGGGUCCCCCCGGACCAACUUCGUACUGCCCUGUUGGCCGCUAUUGGCCAGGACGCUGCGACCACUGCCGACGGAGACGAUCAGCUAGAUGAAGAGGAUGAGGCCGAGGAGGAGGAGGAGGAGGAGGAAGUCAUCGACUUGAACGCACCUGGCGAUGCAUCUGGGAGAGAGGAGGAGGAGGAGUACGAUCUUACAGAGGACCUCGGCGUCCGCGACCGUAGACCGCCCCUCAUUCUCAAACGCGGACGACGUAAAGUUAGUAGGAAGGGCGAAGCGGAGGAGGAGGCGGAGGCGGAUUCGGACGACGAUUUGGACUUUGCUGACAUGGAAACUCGCAUGUCAGAUAGUGAAGACAGUGAUGGGAACCGUCAGCACAAAAAACGAAAAGGGAUGCGGGAGGAUGGGGUCGACCCGGCGGAAAGGAAGAAGCGGAGGAAGAGUCUACAGGUAGGUUGGAAUCAUGUCCCGUCUUACAGUUUCGAUUUUUUAUAUGGUCGCUCUUAAAAUGCCUAAAGUUGCAUCUUUACUCCUGGAGUUCAGGAGGUUUCAUUUUUGCUUUUGCAUUAUAUUACAUAGUUAAGUUUUGAGACCUGCCCCCGCGUUGUCUUUUAGCGCAAAAAAUUGCUUUUGAAACGGAAGAAACGGGAGAGCAAUCUGGAGAAACUCAAGGACCUGGUAAGUUUGGCUCCUCUGACAUUCCAUUUUGUUUUUUUAAAUUCUGGGUGACUUUCCUCACUUCCUCAUCCUCAUUUACAGUGGGUCGCAACUGAGGAUGGAGAGGAGGACGACAGAUUCGACGACUUCCUCUUGAACCCCGCAUUUGGUGUAAGUCAAAUGCAUCGCAACUACAAGGACGCGUUAGAGUUUCUCAACUUUAUGCGCCGGCGACGAGCCCCAAAGGUGGCGGGCUCGGUAAAGUCCUGA